GUUUUUGAAAAAAUUUUAUUAGUUGAAGAAUUUUCAGACCUAAAUGAUCUAAAACUAAAUCAAUUUGACUGGAAAUCUCUUGAAAAUAUUGCAGUAUUUUUAAAAUGUUUUGCUAAACUUUCUACUGAAAUGUGUUCUUCUUCAUACCCAACAAUUAGUGCAGUAUAUCCUAUGUAUAAUUAUCUUAUAGAUCAUUGUGAAAAAAGAAUGAAUGAUCAAACCUCUGAUAAAAUAUCAAACGCAGCAAAAGUAGCAUGGGACAAGCUUUGA